AUGGAAGCCCUCCUCUCCCAAUUCACCUUCCUGUCAGAUCAAGCUUUACGAGACAAGAACUUCGAUCCAUCGGCCAUGGAAGACCUAAUGAAGCUCUUCGAGAUCGAGUCUUACAAGGCAUGGGCAGCCACGCUGGAACACGAAGACCAAUCGACACAAGCCGAAAUAACCAUGCAGGAAGCCGAAAAGUAUCUCGACUCGGUCAUGGAGACCGCCAUGGACGACUUCAGGCGGUUCGAAGAGGAAACCGAACGUGACUUGAGGGUCGACGAGCUCGAUGCAGCUGAUGAGGCUAGAAGAAUGGGGAAUUUGAUGGAGAAAGGGGCAACUAUUGCCUCCAAAUUGUAUAUCGAAGCUGCUGUGAAUUCUGCUAUUGCUGCUGUGAAUUAUGCUUUCAAGGGACUUUCCACUUACAAGGUUCAUCCUUCAUGA